CUCUUCACAUUCAUUCAGCUGGUUCGCGCACUGACACGCGUUGCUUUUCGACGGUUUCUUAUAUGUGGGCUACUUUUAGUACAACAACAAGAAGGUGAAAACGGAAAGUAGUUUUGCGACUGGUUGCGAGUUUUCACAAGGAUCGUCAGUGCCACAGAGAUAUCGAGUCAGCAAUUCAGUUAUCAACAUGUCUAUCAAUUUGCGCACCGUUUACGCUUUUGCGAGAGAAAUGUAUCCAAAAGUAUCAAAGGAAACCAUUCAAUACGGAACAGCUGGGUUUCGCGGCAAAGCCGAGCUCUUGGACAGCGUUAUGUUCCGUAUGGGCGUGUUGGCCACUUUACGCUCCCGGUUUAGAGAGGGCUCUGUCAUUGGCGUAAUGAUCACAGCCUCGCACAAUCCGGAGCCCGACAAUGGCGUUAAACUGAUCGAUCCGAAGGGUGAAAUGUUGGAGCCCAGCUGGGAGAAGAUUGCCACAGAUCUGGUGAACGUCAGCGACCAAGAUCUGGAGCAGCAUGUAGCUAAAAUAAUUAAGGAUAAUGAAAUCGAUAUUACCUCAAGCUCUUAUGUCUACGUGGGUAUGGACAAUCGCUAUCAUAGCCCACGCUUGCUCAAAGCUGUGGCAGAUGGUGUCAUCGCACUGAAGGGGAACGUACGAGAAUUUGGCAUAGUCACCACGCCAAUGAUGCACUUUUUCGUAGUGGCAGCCAACACAAAAGAGGCGUAUGGUAAGCCCACGGAGGAGGGCUACUACGAUAAGCUUAUUUCCGCCUUUGAGAAACUUCGCAAUGGCCAGCUGGAGAAUGGUAACUAUCGCAAUCGGCUGAUCUUUGAUGGCGCAAACGGAGUUGGUGCUAGGAAAAUGCUGCAAUUCAACAAGCGCAUGAAUAAGUCUCUCAACGUUACGGUUAUAAACCAGGGCGUUGGACCGGGCAAGAUCAACGAGGAGUGUGGUGCUGAUCAUGUCAAGGUGCAGCAAAGACCUCCAGUGGGCAUGCCCAUUGUGGAACCGUAUACGCGCUGUGUCAGCGUCGAUGGCGAUGCUGAUCGUGUGGUCUACUUUUUCACUGAUGAAACGGGGCAAUUUAGGCUGCUCGACGGAGACCGGAUAGCCACCCUAGUGGCUGGCUACCUGAUGGACUUGAUUCAAAGUUGCCAGUUGGACCUACGAUUGGGCCUAGUGCAGACGGCCUAUGCCAAUGGCGCGUCCACAGAUUACAUUGUCAACGAAUUGAAGGUGCCCGUUUCUUGUGUGCCCACAGGUGUUAAGCACUUGCACCACAAGGCGCUGGAAUAUGAUAUUGGCAUCUACUUUGAGGCCAAUGGCCACGGCACCAUUGUGUUCAGCGAUAGUAGUAAGGCGGCGAUAAGCGAGGCUGCCAAGACGAACCCCAAAGCGCAGACUCUGCUGCUUGUUAUAGAUCUGAUCAAUGAAACUGUGGGCGAUGCCAUCUCCGAUAUGCUGUUGGUAGAGACGAUUUUGAAUCAGAAGGGCUGGGAUGUUAAAGACUGGAUUUCGAGCUACGACGACCUGCCGAAUCAACAGCUUAAGAUACAAGUCAAGGAUAGAAACGUUAUCCAGACCACAGACGCAGAACGCGUGUGUGUAAAACCGGAGGGACUACAGGAUGAAAUCAACCAAGUCGUUGCAAACUACAAACGUGGACGUGCGUUUGUGCGUCCAUCCGGCACAGAGGAUGUAGUACGCGUAUACGCCGAAGCUUCAACAAGAGAAGACGUUCUUCAGCUGGCGUACGAGGUGGGACGAUUGGUGCAAAAACUUGCGGGUGGUGUCGGACCGGAAUUAGUUAAUCCAAGCAACAAUGCUCAUUUGUAGUCAAUAUUUUGUAGAAGGCUUGCGUGCUUAGGCAUAAUCUCACAGAAUCGCAUUUAACCGGCGUGCUUAAUUGGUAGCUUUUAUUUUACAUCCUACUUGGGGGAAAUUUGUAACUAGUAUGUUAAAUUGAAACACCGCCUUAAAGUAUACCCAAUUUCAAUCACUUACAAAUGCAUUUAUAAUGUAAUAAUAAUCGCAAAAGUGAUUAAUUUGUUAUGUUCUUAAAAGAAAAAUAAGCUAAAAUUCUCAAAUUCGAUUUUUUUUUAUAUAAUUUACAACUGUUAAAGAAUUGUCAGCAAUGCAUCGAUAUAAUUUUUAAUAGAAAAGUCAGGGUGCUUAACUAUAUGCCUGUUCCUAUUCUUAAGUACUUUUACACUCAGUCAUACACCCAUGUGAACCUCUUUAACAGCAAUAUGUACUUUUACAAAUGUGUGUACUUGGAGACAAUUCAAGAGAUUUUAUAUUCUUGCCAGAAUAAAAAGUACGGAGACUGUUAUCACAAUAUUGUGACUGUCACAACUAUAUAAACCCGUAGUUUACUCAAAUUUAUAAAGGCUUACAUAUCGUUAGAUGUGUUUCCCCUUGUAUCCUGUAUAGAAGGUAUAUAAAUUUUAAUGGCAUUGUCUUAGUUUAAAAUGUGUUCCAUAUUUUUUUAUACUUCAAAUUUCGAUAGUGAAAUAUAUAACAAAAAUAUUUUAUAUA